UAAAGAUAUAUUUUUCUUUUUUUUUCUUUUAUAUUAAACUAUCAUAGAAAAUAAUCAUUUAAGAAUUAGUACUUUAUACACAUUUGUUGGAAUUUUCAAUAAUUCCAACUAAUUCAAUAUCACAGGACCGUACGAUUUCUAUACGAAUUUAUGAUAGACAGUACUACCAAGUUUGCACAGAAUGAAUGUAUGAAAAUUUUGUUAGACAACAAAGAAAUUAUUUUUAUAUAGAUAACGUGUUUCAUUUAAAUCAAUUUAAUUAAAAAACAAAUUUUCACUUAAGUUAAAUAUAUAUGUAAAUAAGUGAUAUUACGACAUUAACGAAUUUUUCAACAAAGAGGUAUACAUUUUAGGGAUAAUAUUUUAAGUCAAUUAAAAAUUGAAAAUACAUCAAUAUUUGUAAAGAAGAAAUGAAAUGGAUUCUUUAAGAGAACCAGCAUUUUAUGUAGGUAAUAUCGAUGAAGAUAUUGAUCUCAAACAACCUCCACUUUCUGGAGGAGACUACAUCAAGCGUGUAGUAAUAGAAGCUCAACAAUGUGCUGACGUAGUAGUGGCUGAUAUAGAUCGAGAAUGUUUGAAGAAACCUACAGUAUAUGUUGAGCAUUUGGCAGGAUGUGUCGAAGCACCACCAUGUCUUGGACCUACUAGUGAUUGGCAAGAACGUCAAUUAGCAAAUUUUAGAGAUUUAAAAUUGUACGUUAUUCAAAUGAAAGAUGAAAUAAAAAAAUUUAAAUGCAAAUGGAAAUCUCAAGAGAUACAAGUGCCUAGUAUAGAUGAUCAACGUGGUUGGAUCGCUUACUGUUCUGAGGAAUGUACCAAUGAGAACAAAACUUGUAGUCCAACAUUGACAAUACUUUUACGUAUGAAACAACCAUUAAUAGAACAAGUCUUGGAAUAUUUAGUUGAGUAUGUACAAACACAAGGAAAGAUUGAAUACAAAAUCGGACAAUGGCUCUAUGCUUUAUUGGUUGUUUUGGAUUUACCAUUGAAUCCUGAUACAUGCUCCUGCUUACGUUCUUUGGCAAGGGCAUGUUCUGUUAUUAGAGCAAAUUCUAAAAAGUUGGAAGAACACGAAAUAAGAGCACUAAAUUUGUUCAUAUGUCUGGUAGCAAGAUAUUACCGUCAAGUGGAUCUUGCUGAUCCAUAUUAGAUCAUUGUUGUAAACGUAUAUUCUUUCUUUCGCAAUUGUACCGUAAAACAAUAAAAAAGAAGAAAUAUAAAAGAAAAAA